GGACCUGUGUGAUACUGUGGAGGAGGCGGGGCUGAGCUGAGCUGGAGUGGAGGUCGCAUGUCACCCCAGUAGAAAUGUAAUAUCCCACGAUGUUUUCUGCUGUGAUUUCUAUGUUGUGUCAGCACCAUAUCCUACUGUAAAGCAAGAAGAAAUUGAUAGGGUGAUGACUGAGAAAAUUGUCAACCCUCUUGAGCAACGUGGAUAUAAGUGUUACCUUGGAUAUAGGGACAUACCUGGUGGUGAAUUUGUGAUACAAGCCUUAAGUUACCCAAUUACCAUCAUCCCAACUACCAUUAUACCAGUUUAUAAGGAUAGGAAUUUCUCAGCAAUUCGUAAUCUUCUUAUAAUACCAGAAUUCCUGAAGAGAAUUGUGUUUGUCUGCUUUGAUAAAACACCCAUUGAACCUUCAGCUGUUUCCAAGAUCUGUUUAUCAGUUGACAUUAAUAGUGCCUUUCUUUUAUCAAAACUGGAAAAAACAAUCAGGUCAAAUUGCUUGCGCGUUCCACUUAUAGUCCGGAAAGAAAAAUUUGAAAUGUCCAGCUGGGGGAGUGAUCCUCAAUUGACUGUAUCAUCAGCAGGAUCAUUUGGAUUUAAUAGGGACAUUCUGUUUUAGUGAAGCCUUGAUAAGAGAAGGACUUACAUUGUGACCAGGCAGUAGGGUCCUUUUAGGAGAUCUGACAUGUCUAGGGUUUCAUUUCGAAUAAGACAAAAGUCUGUAUCAGGUGUCUUAGAAGGGGAGAUUUCAAUUGAAAUUAAAAGUGAAUUAACCUCCCCUGAAGAACUUCUCAGUUGUUGCUAUAACGCAAAUGAAAAUAUUAGGAAGUGCGCAGCCAUACGUCUGAGAAAGUUAUUCCAGGAAGACUUUUGGAGCGACAACCUUUUACAACUACAAACCUUUGAAAAGCAAGUCAGGAGCUUGACUGAAAAGCAUGAUUCACUUAUCUAUAUGAAGCUGUACUUUUGAAUUUCAGUUGCAAUAUUUUUUAGAAUAUACAAAGGCAAUGACUUGAAUAUGAAGAAGUACAUAAAAAUUCUAACAUUACCACAGUAUAAAAUCAGCAAAAAUCCAAUUGAUCGGCUUUGUCAACAAGUCUACCUCAACCUUGUUGCUUCUCUACACGCAAAGAUGAAGGCAUGGCCUAAUAAACUGGACAACAAUAAUCUUUAUGUCAAAAAAUUUGAAAAGUGCCUUGAAAUGAUCAAUGAGAGUUCACUAGAUGAAGAGAGUAUUCCACCAGAUGCACUGAUCAAGAUUUUAAUCAGUUUACCAUGGGAUAUGAAGCACAUCUUCAUAGUAACCAUUGCAGAAAAGCAAUUUCAAAAGAAAUAUAUACCAUCAAGUGUGACCUUUUUCAGUAAAAUAUUUGAUAUACUUGGGAAAAAGCAUUGGGCAUUGUUUCUUGAUGUGCUUGAGAGACUAACAGAGUAUACUCUAGAAGACUACACUGAAGGUUCAUUGAAGGCCUGUAUGGAAAUCCUUCACAGUAUUAUUAUCUGGAAUUUACAAAGAGGUAGGAGAAAAAAUGAUAAGCUCAGCAUUGUACUGAAAAAUGUUAUGAGCAAACUUGUCUACCAUCAUGAUUAUUUUGUCAGACGCUUUGUCACUCCAUUGAUGCUUGGUAAAGACUUUGUUUCUUUUGAUGUUUCCAAACUGGGUAACAGUUUUAUCAAAGUGGAUGAAGACCUAGUGGAGAUGUGCAUACGAGAACAUAUAAAUCAUAACUGCCCUGGUAUAGUGCUUAAUCAUGAAGUACCAACAAAAUCUUUACAUUCUUCACUGUAUGAAGCAAAAACUCCAGAAGGUCAUUCACUGGUGUACGUAUUUAAACAAAGGACCCUUAAUGAUAUCCUGCAAACCAACCGCACAGUUGAUGCCUACGAACAUUUCCAGGAAAUGUCAAGACUCAUUAAAACUUGUCAAAAACAUGAAAAUAUCGUAGCACUGAGAAAUGUGCCAGUAAAAGGUAUUCUGCCAUUUUUUGUAGUUGAAAAUGGGAAACCUCUUUUAGAAUAUUUGCAUAAAAAGGAAAACCAACUUACUUGGUUUCAGAUGAUUCAGAUACUCAUUGAUAUUACUACAGCAGUCCAUCACUGCCACAGCAACAAGAUUUUACUUUGUGAUAUCACGCCAGCCAGCUUUAUUAUUGUGAAUGAUGGAUCUUUGAAAACUAAGCUGGCCAGUUUCCUGCAUGCUAGAAGUGGGGAAUGCGAAGACUCAAGCAACACUGCUGACGGUUACAUUAAUGAUAUCAACUUCCUGUGCUUCCAAGGUGACAGCAAGGAGAAUAUAGCAGCGUAUUUUAGUUCUCCUGAGAGCCUUUCCAACAGAACUUUUUCCAAGUAUACAGAUGUAUGGAUGCUUGCUACAACCUUAUAUUCAGUCCUUCUAUAUGGCAGAAGACCAUUUGAAGAGCUUUCUCAUGUCAACAUUUUUGAUUUUGUGAAUGAGAUUAAAUCACAACAUACUGCAAGAAAGCCAAUCUCAAUCCCUCCUGAUUUGUGGAAUAUUUUACAAACUAAUUUGGAUUUUCAUGCCACAACACGAACACUAACAGAAGCUGUCUUACAAGACCUGAAAACAUAUCAAAAUAAUUUGGGACCUAGAAGUCAUACCUUCUAUACAGUGACCUCUGUCAGCAGUUAUAUAAAUCCAGAAGAGAUACAGAGGGGCUAUGUGGAUGACACUGGAAAUUAUAUACUAGAAGAAACUGAAGAACUAGAAGGGAAUUCCGUGGACAGCGUAAUACUGCAGGAUGGCUAUCUCAUACAAACCGUAACAGCGAGGAUGAGUCGAAACACAAGAAGACAAAUCUUGCAAUUAGACAAUGAAAAUAUUUUAAAAAUAAAUGAAAUAAAAACAGAUUUCUAUAAGACAGUUUUGUUGUCAAAUGCUUUCAAUGGACAUCUUCUCAGUGAGACCAACCAAGAAGUUUCAAGAGACCAGCUCUUUUCUUACUUCCACCAAAUAACUCUUGGCUUACAGGAGCUACACAAGCACAACAUUGUACUCUGUGACUUGAGAUGUAGUAGCAUCUACAUCAAUCCAAACGAGGGCACAUUGAAAAUUGGACAUGUAGGAAGAGCAGUGUCUUUGGAUGGCAUAUCAACAUUCCCAUAUGCUAUGAAAUUGAUGCCUGCAGAUGCUUCAAAAUGGUCAGCACCAGAAGUCAGGGAUAACAGCAUGUAUUCUAAAGCUUCUGACAUCUUCAACUUGGCGGCUGUAUUUUGGGAAGCAAUAAGUCUCCAUAUAAACACAAUUUAUCAAAAUCAACCCCUGGAGUCAUUUCAACAUUGCAGGACACAUUUGGAAGAAUAUUGUCACUCUGUAAGCAUUCAAAACACAAGUGAAGAUCCAGUGAAUAAACUAGUGAAAUGUGUACUGAAAUGUUGGAAUCGAAAUCCUACAAGAAGGCCUACUUUGGACGUGAUACUCAAUACCAUUAAAGAAAUAACAACUCAUAAUGCUACGGGCUGCUCAACGGCUGUAGAAAGAAUUGAAUAUUUUGUGUCUGAAGAUGAAGAAGAGGAGGAAAUGUCAGAAGAUGUAUAUGAAACAAUUAUUGACUGUUCCUCUACUGAUCUCUCAUCUGACUCCUCUGAUUUCUAUGAUUUUUCAUCUACUGGAUUCUAUGUUGACUAUGCUUGGGGAAGUGUGGUUAGAGAAUUUACACUUAUACAUGUACCUUCAAACAACACCAGACCCUUUAUUGAGUUGAAAGAAACAUCUACUUAUAAUGACAUUGGUAUUUCACCGAGGAACAAAACACAUUCUAAGAGAGGAAUUAUUUUAUAGGUGGUUCCUCAUGA